ACAUGUCAUCCGCAAAGUAGCGUAAUGUUACUGUCAUUAGCCAAAUAUAAUACAAAAUUAGCAGCUAGUCGACCAACGAAUAGUCGAACGUGCAAUCGAAAUUACCGAUUUAAACCUCAGACCUCGAGUAUCAAGUGCGUCUCGCGACCAUGGCCGAACGAAAUCCGAAAAUGACCUAUGAGGAAAUCAUGCUCCUGCUUAAAUCCUAUCGGGAAAAUGAGUGCCUGUGGAACCACUCUCACUGCAAUUACAGAAAUCUCAAAGAAAGGGGUAAGGCGUUCAUUAAUAUUCUGAUUGAAACGAACGUUGACUCGGUGGACGAGGUGAAACGAAGACUCAAAAUCCUUCGGGACACCUACAAUAUCGAGAAGAACAAAAUGAGGAAGUCACGCCUGUCGGGACCGGGUCCCAAUGGUUACUACAGCACCAAGAUAAGGUGGUUCCGGACGGCAGACGAGUUCUUAUCAAAGUGCGAUAGGUCGCAGAAUAUCAAAAACGAGGCGUCCGAAGGUGCCUAUGCGUCAGAAUCACCAAACAAUCAACAGGAGGAUCGUGCUUCUUUCCCAGAACUGCAAGAACAGGAUUCACCUGAUCCAUUAUGGCAGUAUGACGGGGUAUACGUAGAUGAGUUCCAAGCUGGUACCGAUAGUCCAUGUUCGAGUACCGGCAGAAAACGUUCAUCUGAAUCGUUACCGACGAACCUUGCAGCGAUAUCCACAAAGAAAGCCGUACGUCCUCAAUACCAGUAUCAUACGAACGGAAACAGCUGGGUUACAGGGGAGAGUGGUCAUUCCCAUAUGCAACAGAUGCCGAACAAACGAGACAGCGUAAACUCAGCAAUCACCCAACCUGUGCGGGAUGAAUUUCUUUAUUUUGGAUUGAUGUUGGCUUCGCAGCUUGAGGAGCUUCCCAAGCUUAGGGCUCUUAUAUUGCAAGAGAAGAUUCAAACGCUUGUUUCCCAAGAACGGAUAGAGUUCGAAAAGAGUCAGCAGCAAAAUGACUGAACAAUAGAUCUAUAAAUAAGCAUUAUCUCAUUUCCUUAAUAUUCUAAGAGUUUUAAUUAAUUAAUCAUAAGAUAUUCAAUAUAUUCAGCUUAUUAUUUGUAAUUUUCAGAAUAAGUUUUGAGCUCUAUAAAAAUAAAAAAAAUAAACCAUCUAGCGGUGAUGAUGCCUU